AGAUCUAAUCUUUUGAAAGUAGCUAUUUUGAAGCGAUUGAAGCAUAUAUACAACAAGCAAGCAGUUUUACGAUUGAUUGUUAUUCUUAUUAAUUGAUUCUUUCCUUCUUUUCUCAAUCCUUCAUAUUCAUUUACAAAUAGGUCCAAAAUGCUCCGUACUGCUGCCUCCAUGAGAGCCGUUGCUAGAGCUCCGCUCAUGACUAGAACUUUGGCUUCUUCUGCCUCUGACCUCGUCACCGUCGAAUUGCCAGCCUCCUCUUUCGAAGGUUACAACCUCGACGUCCCUGAACUUACCUUUGAAACCGAAAAGGAAAAGCUUCUUCAAAUGUACAAAGAUAUGAUCAUUAUCAGAAGAAUGGAUAUGGUUUCCGAUGCCUUGUACAAGGCCAAGAAGAUUAGAGGUUUCUGUCACUUGUCUGUCGGUCAAGAAGCCAUCGCUGUUGGUAUCGAAGCUGCCAUCACUCCAAAGGACACUGUCAUUACCUCUUACCGUUGUCACGGUUUCGCAUACAUGAGAGGUGCUUCUGUCAAGCAAGUUCUUGGUGAAUUAUUAGGUAAGCGUGACGGUAUUACCCACGGUAAGGGUGGUUCUAUGCACAUGUUCGCCCCAGGUUUCUACGGUGGUAACGGUAUUGUCGGUGCUCAAGUUCCUCUUGGUGCUGGUUUGGCCUUUGCUCACAAGUACAGAGGUGAUUCUAACGCUACUUUUGCCCUUUACGGUGAUGGUGCCUCUAACCAAGGUCAAGUUUUCGAAUCAUACAACAUGGCCAAGUUGUGGAACUUGCCAUGUAUCUUCGCUUGUGAAAACAACAAGUAUGGUAUGGGUACUGCUGCUGCUCGUUCUUCUGCCAUGACCGAAUACUACAAGCGUGGUCAAUACAUUCCAGGUUUGAAGGUCAAUGGUAUGGAUAUCUUGGCUUGUUACCAAGCUUCCAAGUUCGCCAAGGACUGGUGUGCUUCCGGUAACGGUCCUCUUGUUCUUGAAUACGAAACUUACAGAUAUGGUGGUCACUCCAUGUCUGACCCAGGUACUACUUACAGAACCAGAGAAGAAGUCCAACACAUGCGUUCUAGAAACGAUCCAAUUGCCGGUUUGAAGGCUAGAUUAUUGGAAUUAAACAUUGCCACUGAAGAAGAAAUCAAGUCUUAUGACAAGGCUGCCAGAAAGUAUGUUGAUGAACAAUCUGCUGCUGCUCAAGCUGAUGCUCCACCUGAAGCUAAGAUGGACAUUUUGUUUGAAGACGUCUACGUCCCAGGUUCCGAAAUUAAGGAAUUGAGAGGUAGAAUUUCUGAUGACACCUGGAACUUUGAAAAGGGUACUUUCAGCAACAAGGUUUACUAGAGGUUUUUAGAUUCCUAACAGAAAAGGAAUAUAU